AUGCCCAGCGACCUCUCGCAAGACGCCCUCGUGCCCGACCUGUCCGCCCUGCCACGCCUCGCAGACCCUCUCCCGUCUCCCCUGCACUCGUCGCACCCAAUCGACCUCGCUCGUCUCCCUGGAUCGUACUACAGCGCACUCGUGGCGAUCCGCGAACGCCUGCCGAAGGAGCUGAGGACGCCCAAGGUCGCCAUCGUGUGCGGCAGCGGGUUGCAGGGACUCGCAGAGGUCUUGAAGGACAGGGUCCUCGUCUCGUACUCCGACAUUGACGGCUUCGGCGAGAGCACCGUCCGCGGUCACCAGUCCGCGCUCGCCUUUGGUUUCCUCGGCAAGAAUCGCACGCCGGUCGUGUGCCAGCUGGGCAGGCUCCACGCCUACGAAGGCCACAAGCUCGAAGACGUCGUCUACCCUAUCCGCAUUAUGCGCCUCCUCGGGGCCUCGAUUGCGAUCCUUACCAAUGCCGCUGGCGGUUUGAACUCGAGCUUGCUGAAAGUCGGGUCGAUCGUGGCGCUGGUCGACCAUAUCUCCCUCCCUUCGCUUACGAGCAUGAACCCCCUCAUCGGGUCCAACAAAGACCAGUUCGGCCCUCGCUUCCCGCCCAUGUCCGACGCCUACGACUACCCUCUCCGCCUCUCGCUCUUCCGCGCCGCGCACGAGUUGGGCUUGUUGGAGGAGGCGAAGGUUGAGGAGACGGGUGGGGUGGUCGAGGGUGUGUAUGCGUGGGUGGCGGGCCCGACCUACGAAACUCGAGCGGAGCAGCGCUUCCUCAAGGCGGCGGGCGCGGACGUCGUCGGCAUGUCGACUGUCCCCGAAGUCAUCGCGGCGCGUCAUGCGGGCAUGCGCGUCCUCACCCUUUCCCUCUGCACCAACAUGGUCGUCGCAACGCCCUACCGCCUCGCCGCGCCCGUCGCGAAAGCCGAGAACGAUCCCGCUUUCGGAGCGAACGAGGGAUUGCAGCGGGUCAGGACCGCGGUGGGAGAGGUGUUGGAGAAGGAGGAGGUGGCGAAUCAUCAGGAGGUCCUCGACGUCUCCGCCCGCCGAGCCGAUGAUAUGCGCACGCUGGUCGAGCGCACGAUCGAGCGGGUCUUUGGCGAAGACGCAGAGGAGCACGGGGGCGUCGUGUUGCGGAACUAG